GCAGAGCAGGUUUCGUGUCUGAAUGGACUCGGGGAGAAGAAGGAGGUGGGGGUUAGGCUGCACUGUGCCAUCCAGUCCAAAAUACAGACGUAUACACAAAGGCCUGGCACAGCCCUGACAUGAGCGGUAUCGGGUUCAAGUCUGGCGGUGUCCCUGCCUUGAGGAAUGGCCCGGGGACCAGCGGCGGCUCUGACGGCCUGGAUAAGAUUGACAUGUCGCUAGAUGAUAUCAUCCGACUGAACAGGAAGGAGCAGAGGACCCAGUGGGCUGGCGCUGGGCCCCGGAGGCCCCGUGUCAAUGGCCGGCUCACCCAGGGCUGGCGAGGGCCGGCCUGGGCAGGGGGUCAGCAGCAGAGAGGUGUGGGAUACCUGGGGGCUCGAGGCCGGAGGGGGGUGGCCCCCGUUCUCCGCCGGAGGGGUCAAGGUGUUGUUACCGGGUUGGCCGCCCGCAGGAAUGCUGUGCUGCUCAAGGGGAUCAGCCCCUUGAACCGACCGCCGCUCACACAGAGACCACGGCCUCUUCUUCAGCGCAGGGCAGUCCCAUACAGACAGACGGAUGCCCAGUGGCGAACAUACCGGCAGGUGGAUUCCCAGCGACAGCCGUAUGGACAGGUGGACACACAGAGGAGCCAGGGCCAGCCCCUGCACAGACCCAUACAGCUCCGCCGACGGAACAUACUCCCCACAUGGCCGCCCGCCUCUCACCAUGCCCAGAGAGAGGCUCGUCAGGCCACCUUUCUAUUCCGCCGUGGCCUAAAGGUUCAGGCCCAAGUUCAGAACCCUGUCUUGUCCCCAGCAACCCAGAGGACACGGCCGUGGCGCACAUCGACCACUAGCGGAGGAAUCCUGACCAUAUCCAUUGACAACCCCACUGCCAGAAUACCGUCAGACCCCCCCCGAACUCGUGUGCUGCGCCCCCCCCUGCCCCCCACCCCUCUCAAGCAGGAGGAGCCAGAGCUGCGGAAGACCCCCAAGGGUGUGGCACUGCAGUUUGACAUUAACAGUGUGGGCAAGCAGACGGCCAUGACCCUGAAUGAGCGAUUCCGCAUCCUGAAGGACCAGCGCUCGGAGGUGGCGCAGAGCAGCAAGAGCAGCCGAUUUGUCACCGUGGGAUAACAGUAUGCCGAGGCAGCCAGUCAGAGAGAGAUGCUACUCAUAGACCCCUCCCAUCCCCCCAGCCAACACUCUCACUCUCAGAUGCGCCGGACCCAGGGGGAGAGGCGAGGAGGGGGUGGACAGUCCUGCCCCGGCAGGGAAGCACAGGCCCCCUCUGAGGUCGGGCACCAGACACAGACCCUCCUGUGUGCUUUUGGUUGACUCGUGGGGGCAGGGGCAGAGGAGGGAGGGGAUCUGGAAAUGAGGAAACGAGAGAGAAAAAGUUGUAAAAACAGAAGAUGCUGCAGCUCUCCCUCCCAUCGCUGAAAGAGUUUUGGCGUUCCUGUUGGAUAUAGUUAUUCUUCCUUGUUGUUUUUUUUUUUGCAUUGAUCCUGUUAUUCUCAUAUUUGAUAUUUGUUACUGUGUACGUUCAGGAAUGUUUUCGGUGUUCUGAAUAGCAAAGGGAAGUUGGCUGAGGACGAUGCUCUGACGCACACUCGGUUUGUGUUCUGGGAGGGGGAGGGAGUGGGGGGUGGUGGUCUUCCAGCAGGUGGGGGCAUUGAAAUUGUGUUGGGUUUUUUUUAGACUUUAUCAUUUUGAGUUAUCUAGAUUUUCUUUAUCAAAGACAAUUCAGAAAAGGGCUGCUUUUAUUUUGAAGAGUCUGUGUUUCUUUACAGCAUGGAAUUACCUACAUAACCUGAGGCCCUUCCAGUACACUCCAGAUCUCACACUGCCAUCACCACCAGCUCCUUCGGCUUCGACUCCAUGAGGAAUGUCAGCAGUAUUGGAUUGGUGACUGUGAAGGAAGGGUACACUGGAAGGGCUGCACAUGGAGUGUCUUGGCUUUAGAGCAGUGAUGGGCAGUUCUGGUCCUCAGGAUUUCAUUCCGCCUCCAAUCAUGAAGAACUGAUUAUUUGCAAAACGAGUUCACCUAUUUUAUACUUUAUGAUGUUGCCAAUUGGAACAUACCUGGAAGCCCUGCAGGACUCCAGAGCUGCCUGUCCCUGGGGCAGAGUAACACGGCUGUUGUUCGACCCCUGCCGGCUAAGUAGUGCCGUUUUCCGAAAUGCCAGACUCGGAGUCAAGCAGGUUGGCCUGGUUUUUGCAUGGCAACACUAAUGUACUUUGGUUUUAUAGGAGUGUAUUUUAUUUUGGUUAUGGUUUUGUGACUUUGCUACACCUCGCCCAGCUCUGACAUGGGCUUCAGUGUUGUUUUUAAUUCUACUUUUGUUGUUUGUGUGUGGAUGUUUUUUUUUUUUCAUGACAUUUUUGCUCUGUUAUUGGUCUUUAUGGAAGAUGUUCACAUAGACAUAAACGUGCAGGGUAUUUUCUAAAAAAAAAACAAAAUAAAUGUUAAAAUGUUUAACCAUUUCAAUGAA